AGAAUUUUGUUCUAAUGCUUUGGUGUUCCUUCAUUGCCUGGCUGGAUUAUGCUCAGUAUGCAUGCAUGCAGAAUUAAAAACACACAUCCACUUUGUGGGACAUUUUGCAAACAAUACAUGCCUUUUGUAUAUUUAAAUGUUUUUGCUUCACACGAACACAGUAUACAGAUAUGGGAGCAAAUGAAUUUGAAGUGGCCAACAAGAUUGUUUGCAUUAUUAACCCAAUGAAAUUCUAGAAACAUGGGUUCUUGCACUCAUCUACAACUUGCAGCAAUUUAGAUUUGAGGUUUUAGUCUAGAUUUUGCUUUGUUUUUGGGUCUUGGAUGCUGCAGUAUAUGUCCUAUGAGCAGAUACAGAAUUUUAGACAUGAAGAGGGAGUUAAGGGUGCAUCAGCAGUUCUCUUGAUCAUUUUUUAAUUUAUUCAUAAGAAUUACAAUAGGAACUGUUUUGGGCAAACCUUUUAUAGUAAUUAUGAGCAGAGGUGAUUCUGCAGAUAAUAGAAGUGCUAGUUGUAUGGAAGAAAACAAAAUAAUUAGAAUUUGUAGCCGACCUCAAGGGUUUGCUUAGAACUGUCUGUAUUUGCAAUUAUGAGGAUCUAGGUAACUGUUUACCUUUGUUUGGGAUGCUAUGAUUAGUGACUUCUAUAUUUAUGCAGCCUCACACAGGAGCCAUUUCAGUCAAUACCACUUGUAUGGAUAAUCCAAGAAGAUACCCUUGCAAAUCGUCUUCCAUUGUAUCAGGAUAUGAACUUGCAGCAUUUGGUGUCUCAUUGGAGAAGUACCUUUAACAGGGCUAAUGUUGUUGUAUUUCCAGACUUUGCUUUGCCAAUGUUAUAUAGUGUGCUUGACACUGGAAACUUCUUUGUGAUUCCCGGAUCACCACUAGAUGUGUGGGCUGCUGAAAGCUACAGUAAAACCCAUGCUAAGCAUCAGCUAAGGGUGGACCAUGGAUUCAGCGAAGAUGAUUUGGUGAUUCUAGUUGUCGGGAGUUCUUUCUUCUAUGAUGAGCUAUCAUGGGACUACACCGUGGCACUGCAUACCCUAGGACCUGUACUAGCUGAAUAUGCAAGGAGCAAAGAUGCUGAAGGAUCGUUUAAAUUUGUUUUCUUAUGUGGUAAUUCCACUGAUAAUGAUGCUUUCCAG